AUGUCAGUCGCCAUGAACGGAGUCACCAAACCUGAUACCUUUCUCUUCACCUCGGAAUCUGUCGGUGAAGGCCAUCCCGACAAGAUUGCUGAUCAAGUGUCCGACGCCAUCCUCGAUGCCUGUCUCAAAGAAGAUCCCCUAUCCAAAGUCGCCUGUGAGACUGCCACCAAAACUGGCAUGAUCAUGGUUUUCGGCGAGAUCACCACCAAAGCCCAUCUUGACUACCAGAAGAUCGUGCGAAACACGAUCAAAGACAUUGGAUAUGACCACUCUGACAAGGGUUUCGAUUACAAGACUUGCAACGUUCUCGUUGCCAUUGAACAACAAUCUCCAGAUAUCGCUCAGGGUCUACACUAUGACGAGGCAUUGGAAAAGCUCGGUGCUGGUGACCAGGGUAUCAUGUUUGGCUAUGCCACCGAUGAAACUCCUGAACUGUUGCCUCUGACCAUUCUGCUUGCUCACAAACUGAAUGCUGCCAUGAAGGAGGCUCGUCAAUCCGGUGAACUGCCCUGGUUACGACCCGACACCAAGACUCAAGUCACUGUCGAAUAUGCACACGAUGGAGGUGCUGUCAAGCCUUUGAGAGUCGACACCGUCGUCGUUUCAGCUCAACACUCAGAAGAUAUCACCACCGAACAACUGCGAAAGGAGAUCAAGGAGAAAAUCAUCAAGAAGGUCAUUCCAGCCAAGUAUUUGAAUGACAGAACCAUCUAUCACAUUCAACCCUCUGGUCUCUUCAUCAUUGGUGGCCCUCAAGGCGAUGCUGGUCUUACUGGUCGUAAGAUCAUUGUCGACACCUACGGUGGCUGGGGUGCUCAUGGUGGCGGUGCUUUCUCCGGCAAGGAUUACAGCAAAGUCGACCGUUCCGCCGCAUACCUCGCUCGAUGGAUCGCCAAAUCUCUCGUCCAUGCUGGUCUCGCUCGUCGAUGCCUUGUUCAAUUGUCCUACGCUAUUGGCGUUGCAGAACCAUUGUCUCUGUUUGUCGAAACCUAUGGAACCAGCGAGAAGACCAGCGCCGAACUCGUUGACAUUAUCAAUAAGAACUUUGACCUUCGACCUGGUGUCAUUGUCAAGGAACUCAACCUCACUAACCCUAUCUACUACCGUACUGCCAAGAACGGACAUUUCACCGACCAGAGCUUCCCUUGGGAACAACCCAAGGCUCUCACUUUCUAG